GUUGUGAGGGAAGGUUUCACUUCAAUGUAAGCUGCUAAAUAUGUAUAGUUCCAGCUUCACUCUAGUUUUCCAGCUUAAUGAUACACUGCUUGGCAUUGUUAUACCAAUGAACUCUGCCAUAUUCCAUGAAAAUUAGAAUUGAAUUGCUGACUUGUUUCGCUUUUCUGCUGAGACUGUGGAGAUCUAUCUUACCCCUUUUAAGAAGUAUGAUGUGGUUACAAACAGAUUGGUUUGAUAGGCUUAGACUAGAAAGCAAACAUCCUCUUUAUAGGUGAUGCUAAUAUUUUGAAAUGCUUGAUCAUACAUAACCUUCUCUUUCUCUCUCAUAUGCAAACUGUUAGAGGACAUGGUUGUAGUUAGUAUAACUUAUGAGAGUAUAAUUGUCAUUUGUAUGUAGUAUGUAUAUGCUUUUGAACAUCAAUGAAUAACAAGUAGUAUUCUCUCUCUGUUCGACUACAUGGUAUCAGAGAGUUGAGUAGUUGGUUGGUGGUGAUUGUGCAAUGGAACUAGUGGUGGUUAGUGUGGUAUCACCAUCGUUGUCUGUGGUGGUUAGUGUGAUUUUUCGUUUUUCCUCUUCAUCGUUGGCGGCCGGCGGCUUUUUUAUUUUCAAGAUAUUUCUGGUGACUUCAGGUGUCGUCUCUGGUACUGGGUACCAUAAUCGAGCUCGUUGGCGUUGUUUGUGCACUCCGAUGAGCUUCCCAUCGUCAUCGGUUGCUGGAAGGCCUGUUUAUCGCCGGCGACGUCGAAGUCGCAGGGUGUUUGGUUGCAGGUCUCAACUAUCCAAUCCUCGACUGCGUAUCCCCCCAACUUAGAGUAAAAGCUUAUUCCUAUCCGGAAUAACACCCGUUUAGUAACAAGAAUACAGUAAACCCAGCUUCACUUAUCCUCGUUUAGGAUAACUUAUUCCCCUUUAAGGUCAGUUUUGAAGCCGGUACCAGCAAUACCCGAAACAUACCCGAUACAGACCGAUAUAAUCCGAUACAGGCCGGUUCAGUCCCAAUACAUCCCGGUUCAGACACUAUACAGGCCGAUUCUGAGCCGAUACGUGCUUGUUUUGACCCGUACAGGCAUAUUCCACCUGAUACAGAUCCGAAAUUUGGGUUCUUAAGCUGGGUUUAUACUUUUCCAGAUUGUAUUUCUCGGUUUUUCAUCUAUAUUUCAUAUUUUGUGUGGAUUCUUUGUCUCCAAGUUGAAUUGUUGUGAUAUUUUUUAUCCAUGGCAACUAAAUUUGAGUCACUGUCUCUUGCACCAAACUUUAAUAUGUCUAUGACUUCGGUGAAGUUGAAUGUAAAAAACUAUAUCUUGUGGUCAAAAUGUGUUAAAAUGUUUUUAAAAGGCAAUGGUCUUCUUCGUACUCAUUUGGUUGAUCCAAUGCCUGACUCAACUAGUUCUACAUUUGCUCGGUGGGAGCAAGAAGAUGCUCAAAUCUUGUUCCUGAUGUUGAUCAGUAUUGAGCCUAAUAUUUGCACUAGCUUAAUACAUUUUGACACCGCUCAAGAGAUAUGGAGGUAUCUCAAACAGAUGUAUUCGGGUACUAGGAACAUAACCCAUUUUUAUGAGUUGUGUCAACAAUUCUUGGGUUGGAACAUGGUGCUUUGGGCUUGGAAAAAUAUUAUUCUCAAGUGAUGAGCAUAUGUAAAGAACUCAAAAUAUAUCAACCUAUCACUUUUGAUGUUUCAAGUAUGCUACAGCAACGUGAAAAGUUUAAUGUUGUUCAAUUUCUUGUUAGCUUAAAACCUGAGUAUGAAUCGGUGCGUUCUCAAAUUUUGGCUAGUCCACAGCUUCCCUCAUUUCUUGAUGUGUUCUCCCGACUUCAGCAAGCCACAUUAUCUGGACAAGGAUCUCAGUUAUCUUUUGAUCAGAGUAAUGAGAUAUCCGCUUUAGUUGCUUCCUAUGUUGCUCUUGGUGGACGUGGAGGCCAGGGUGGUAGAGGUGCACAUGGGGGACAUGAUGCCAGAGGUAAUUGCACUCGAGGUCGUGAAUCUCGUAAGUGCACCCAUUGUGGUCAGACUAACCACUCGGUGGACUAUUGUUGGGAUCUACAUGGUAGACCAUCUGGGCCUACUAAUCAGGCUAUUUGCCAAGAUGCUACAUCACUGUCAACAAGCUCCAACCUGACUCCAGAGAUAAUUAGCAUAUCGAAUGAUGAGCAUGAUCAGUUUUUGAGUCGCAUACAAGCGGCUUCAUCUUCCAUAGCUACUCUUGCUUAUUCAGGAUCUCAAUACAGGGAAGAAGAUUGGUACGGGGCAUAGAGAUGGUGGUCUGUAUUACCUUGAUGUCAAACAGUCACCCACUCGAGCCCUCACAUCUUCAUCAUCAUCUACUU